UUUAUUCAUGGUCUGUGAAAUUACUCCGAGACAGUAGGGGGAGCUCUGUGCGAGACUAUCCAUGUCUGCCAGUAUAGACAGCUAGACAGCUAGCCUGCUAGCAAACAACAACAGAAGAUCCUGGACAACUAGCGUUAUAAUUUAAGCCAACACAAAGGGGGCAACUGCUUCCAUCUGGUGUGUGCUGAUGCAGAUGGACGUCAGAACUGAACAUUGACGAGUGGAAGUGACGGAUUCCUCCUCCUCACCCUCUUGCCCCCGACACCUUCUGUCACGCUGGCAAUGUCAAGAGUCCCGAGUCCCCCUCCCCCUGCGGAAAUGUCCAGCGGGCCUGUGGCCGAGAGCUGGUGUUACACACAGAUCAAAGUGGUGAAGUUCUCUUACAUGUGGACCAUCAACAACUUCAGCUUCUGUCGUGAGGAGAUGGGCGAGGUCAUCAAGAGCUCCACCUUCUCUUCCGGGGCCAAUGACAAGCUGAAAUGGUGUUUGCGAGUGAAUCCCAAGGGCCUGGAUGAAGAGAGCAAAGACUACCUGUCUCUCUACCUGCUGCUGGUCAGCUGUCCAAAGGCCGAGGUGCGCGCCAAGUUCAAGUUCUCCAUCCUCAACGCCAAGGGGGAGGAGACCAAAGCCAUGGAAAGCCAGAGGGCAUAUCGCUUUGUCCAGGGGAAAGACUGGGGCUUUAAAAAGUUCAUCCGGAGAGACUUCCUCCUAGAUGAGGCCAACGGUCUUCUACCUGACGACAAGCUCACGCUCUUUUGUGAGGUGAGUGUGGUGCAAGACUCGGUCAACAUAUCGGGACAGAACACCAUGAACAUGGUGAAGGUGCCUGACUGCCGGUUAGCAGAUGAACUGGGGGGACUGUGGGAGAACUCCCGCUUCACAGACUGCUCCCUGUGUGUUGCUGGCCAGGAGUUUCAGGCCCACAAAGCCAUCCUGGCAGCACGUUCCCCUGUAUUCAGCGCCAUGUUUGAGCAUGAGAUGGAAGAGAGCAAAAAGAACCGGGUAGAGAUCAACGAUGUGGAGCCGGAGGUUUUCAAAGAGAUGAUGUGCUUCAUUUACACAGACAAGGCUCCCAACCUGGACAAGAUGGCUGAUGACUUGCUGGCAGCAGCUGACAAGUAUGCUCUGGAGAGACUGAAGGUCAUGUGCGAGGAUGCGCUGUGCACCAGUCUGUCUGUGGAAAAUGCUGCCGAGAUCCUCAUCCUGGCUGACCUGCACAGUGCCGACCAGCUCAAAACACAGGCCGUCGACUUCAUCAACUACCACGCUGCAGAGGUGAUGGAGACAGCAGGUUGGAAGUCCAUGGUGGCAUCUCAUCCACACCUGGUGGCCGAAGCUUACCGCUCCCUGGCUUCAGCCCAGUGCCCUUUCCUCGGACCCCCACGCAAGCGCCUCAAACAAUCCUAACAGCCUCAGAGGAAGGCGUCUACACUCAUGCAUACACACACACAAGCGCGUACACACACACACACACACACACACACAGAUUCCCCCCUUAAAGACACAGGGACAACCUUUCCCCUUGCUGUUACCUACUACACUACCUACAGCCUCCCCCCGAAUCUCCCCCUUCUGCCCCAUCCAAACCUGCUGAAUUUAGUCUAAAGAUGGAUGGAAGAAGAAGAAGAAGGAGGAAGAGGAGGAGGAAAUUGAAGAGAGAGGCAGUUGGGCUCAUGAAGUGGAUGUUUGUCGUUUACAAAGAAACCACAACACACCUCCCCUAUUCUCCUCGGCUCUGGCUUAGUGAGGUCUGACAUUGUGCUCUUUUCCGUGUGUGAAGUGAAAUCCUUCAACAUCCUGCUAGUUCCUACUUUGGAAUCCGUUUGGGAGGAAGAACUGAACACAAUAACCCAAUAAGAGCCAACUGUCUGGAAAUUUGGAGGCUUAAAGGACAAGUGCAGAUAAAUAAAGUCUUUAACUGUCUAUUUUAUCAUAAGGCUUCUUUUUGCUCUAUUCUUAGCUUUUGGAGAAGAGCGGUCUGAGAAGCCCCCCAACUAAUGGACUCAUGGGCCUGUGAGGGACUAAAAAAGAAGACGACGAAGAGGAAAUGGGCCUGUUUGUUACAAACUAGAAGCCCCCUGAGAAAGACAACCAAGGGCUAGUUAAAAAAAAAAACAGAUGUGGGACAAAAUCAUUAAAAUAAUUCUCCCAAAGAAAGUUGGGAAAACAUUGCACUAAAGUCACUGUUCACCCCUCGUCAACCCUUACCAGCAGUAAAGUAGAAAUACUGUAGGCAAGCACACAUUGAAGCAAGCUUCAUGGACUAAAGACCCAGCUGGACCACCAAGAACAAUUACCCUUUAAGAAGAUUUAUCAGCAAGUGACAAAAACAACACAUGUACUCCCAUAUGGAACUCUGCUUCAUCUGCGUCCAUUAUCAUUUUUUAAAUAGCCGGGGGGGAAAAUCAGUAGAUGAUACAGAAAAUAGCAACGCACAACUGGAUGUCAUUCUUGGGGAAAUUGUAUUUUGUGUGUGGAUCUGUCUUUGUAGCCCUUGAGAGAAAAUAAAAUCCAAGGUGUCAACGGACAAACAAGGAGACAACAAAUGGAGGAGAGAAAAAAAUGUCAAGAAACAGUUUUAAAAUAACAUUAGAAUUCAAUCAGGCAUGUUAAUUUCUUUUAUGAUGGAUUUCUUAUUUGUUUUUUUUCCUCAGAACUGUCAUUUCUAUUUUUUUCAUAGGAAUUUGUACAGACACUAGUGUUUUUGAAGCUGUGUAGACAAAAGCCUUUUGAACCGUUAAAUUGAAAAAAAAAGUGAACAGAUGUUUUCUUUGCAGGCAUGAAGACUGAGGGGAAAUGAAAAUUGAAAUGAACACGUUUUAAUGUUCAGAAUAGACAGAAUGUGAAAAAAUGCACACCAAGGCAAACCACAUGGAAAUACAAUUGAGGUUAUUAUUUUAACCUGGUGGAAAAUGGUAAUCGAUAGAAGGAACUGUUGUUGUUUCUUUCCUGUAGAUAUGGCUGGUUAUGAGAAGUGACACUUAGUUGUUGCCAUUUUUUGUUCCCAAAAGAAUAAACCACAACUAUUUUGUAUUGAAUGCAA